AUGGCUCAAAAUUACUCUCCCAAAUACUUUACUGUCCAGUUCCCGGCAGAUCACCCACAUGUCGCCCAUGUGGAGAUCAACCGGGCAGAUAAGAUGAAUGCGUUCUUCGAAGCCAUGUGGCUCGAAAUGGCACAGGUCUUCUCCCAGCUAUCGCACGAUCCGGCGGUGCGGGCGAUCGUUCUUAGUGGAGCAGGCGACAAGGCUUUCACAGCCGGCCUAGAUGUCAAAGCCGCGUCGCAAGGUCAAUUUUCGGAGGACUCUUCGAUCGACCCAGCCCGCAAAGCUGUCCAGUGGCGGCGGCAUAUCGCCGAAUUCCAGGACUGUAUCACUGCCGUUGAGCGUUGCGAGAAGCCCGUCAUCGUCGCCAUGCACGGUUUCUCUUUGGGCCUGGCCAUCGAUCUGUCCACGGCCUGCGACGUGCGCCUCUGCUCGAAAGACGUGCGCUUCGCGGUCAAGGAAGUCGACAUCGGCCUGGCGGCCGAUAUUGGUACCCUUAGCCGACUGCCUAAGGUGGUGGGUCACCACGGCUGGAUCAAGGAGGUUGCGCUGACGGCGCGCAUCUUCGGGGCGGAAGAGGCCCUUCGCGUAGGCUUUGUCAACGCAGUGUAUGAGAACCGGGCGGCCACGAUCACGGCUGCACUGAAGAUGGCUGCGCUGAUUGCAUCGAAAAGUCCGAUUGCGGUGCAGGGUACGAAGGAGAUUCUGAACUAUUCGCGUGACCACCCUGUCCAGGACGGCCUACGGUAUACCACGGUCUGGAACAGUGCGGCCCUGCAGACGAAGGAUGUACCCGCGGCGCUGCUUUCCGGGCUUCAGAAGCGUACUCCGACAUUUGAAAAGCUCUAG